AUGAGGACGUCAACUUUGGUUGCUGCUUCGGCCGGCACGGUUCUUACCGGCCUGUUGGCUUAUGCCAUUUACUUUGACCACAAGAGACAGACCGACCCCGAGUUCCGCAAAUCGUUGAAGAGAAACAACCGUCGUCUGGCGAGAGCUGUGAAGGAGGAAGUCGAGGCUCAAGGAGCCCAGGAACGGGAAUCCAUCAAGAAGUCUGUCCAGCAGGCUCAGGAUGAGGGUUUCCCGACCGACCUUGAAGAGAAGGAGGCUUAUUUCAUGGGCCAAGUUGCCCGGGGAGAGUCUCUCUGCGCUGAAGGUUCAGACAAGGUUGAAGCCGCCCUGUGCUUCUACAAGGCCCUUAAGGUUUACCCUCAACCUAAGGACCUGAUCUCCAUAUAUGACAAGACUGUCCCUAAGGAAGUCCUGGAAAUUCUGGCCGAGAUGGUUGCUAUGGAUGCGGCUUUGAAGUUGGGCACAUUCACUGGCGAAGGUGGCAGUGCUGAAUCCAGCCAUGGUGUUGAGUAA